AUGCAACUGCAACUGUUCUACGCUUUGGCUGCUCAGACACUCAUUCCCAUUGUGCUCAUGAACGUUCCCGGCGCCUUUCUCUACGUACUUCAAUUCUUGAAUGUCAAUUUGGGACGAUUCAGUGAUAUCCUUUCAAUCACAAUAUCCCUUUAUCCGGCUGUCGAUCUUUUACCGACUAUUUUUAUAGUGAAAAGUUACCGAGAGGCUUUGUUUAGUGAGUUUUCCAUACCUUUAAAGACAAUCCUAACUUUUUUAGGAUAUAUCCGAGAGGGAACAAUGAUAAUGUUGUGUCGAAAGCGUUCGGGAAGAAGUUACAAGAUGAGCAUCACAAAAGUUCACUCUCAUUCUAUGAACCAUUACAUAUCGACGUCAAGAUGA